UGGUCGUCAGCGGGAAUCUCGAGGCGUGUCAGUGGCAUCUCCGAAAUAACUAAAAGAAAUCCAGGACCCGCUGGCGAGGCGCGAUCUGGGCUCUUCAACCUGUCUCGACUUGAAGCUUCUUCGCUCGUCUCAUGCCACCACGAGAGGUAUCAAAGGAUCAAUAUGCGAGGCCAGUCAAUCCAUCUUCAACCCACGACUCACGACGACGGCUCGAUAACGGACCUGGUGCGACAUGACACGCUGAGCCUUUUCGAGACAGACGAUGGCAGAAAGCAUGAGCCGGUUUAUCCACCCCCGUGGAAAGUGGCCAUGAUCACGGUUGGGCUGGCCCUGGCCGUGUUCUGCCUUUCCUUAGACAACACAAUCCUAGCAACCGCAAUCCCCAAGAUAACCGCCGAAUUCAACUCGCUGGACGACGUGGGCUGGUACGCGAGCUCGUACCUCCUCGCAACAUGCGGCUUGAGCGUGCUCUUCGGCAAACUAUACACCUUCUGCUGCAUCAAAUGGGUCUACCUGGCCGGACUGGCAGUCUUCGAGAUAGGGUCCCUUGUCUGCGCCCUGGCAGGAAACUCCACGUCUCUGAUCAUCGGACGUGCCAUUUCAGGCAUCGGCGCUGCAGGGCUGUUCUCUGGGUCCCUGUUGAUCAUCGCGGAGACAAUCCCUUUGAGCAAGCGGGCACUAUACACAGGACUGCUAACCGGUGUAUUCGGGGUUGCCGGUGUGGCAGGGCCCUUACUCGGUGGUGCAUUCACCGACUAUGUGAGCUGGAGAUGGUGCUUCUAUAUCAACCUCCCUCUCGGCGCCGUCACAGCGGUCUUUAUUUCCUUCUUCUUUCCCGCGCGCGAACCCAUCAAACAGACGCACGGGCUGGCAGAUCGACUCUCGCAGCUGGACCUGAUCAGUAUGUCGGUCUUCCUGCCAGGGACGAUCUGCCUGUUGCUCGCAAUACAAUGGGGAGGAUCAGAAUACGACUGGAACAGCGGCACCAUAAUCGGACUAUUCGUGGCCUUUGGCAUCCUCAUAAGCGUCUUCAUCGCCCUGCAGUUCUGGAGAGGAGAACGCGCCACCAUUCCCCCGCGUUUAAUCAGCAACAGGAAUGUCUUGGGAUCUUCUGCGUUUGCGUUCUGUAUGACCUCGUCCAUGAUGGUCCUGACCUACUACCUCCCAAUCUGGUUCCAAACCGUCAAAGACGCAUCCGCAACAAAAUCCGGCCUCAUGAACCUCCCCAUGAUCCUCGGCUCCGUGCUCCUAGCUAUAAUCUCUGGCGCCAUCGUCAACGUUACCGGCUACUACACGCCCUUCUUCUACAUCUCGCCCGUCAUCGCCGCACUCGGCGCCGGGCUGCUCACAACCCUAAAGACCGACUCCGGCAGCGACCAGUGGAUCGGAUACCAGGCUCUCUACGGGAUCGGACUCGGGAUUGGAAUGGCGCAGCCGACCGUUGCUGUCCAGGCCGCGCUGCCUCAUGAGGAUGUCCCUACGGCUAUCGUGCUGGUCUCGUUCAUGCAGACCUUUGGCGGGGCGGUGAUGGUUGCCGUGGCACAGAGUAUCUUCCAGGACAAGCUGGUGCAUAAUCUCAUCCGGGACGUGCCGGGUCUUGAUUUUGCUGCGGUGGUUGCCGCGGGGGCGACGAAGUUGCGUGAUGUUGUUGAGCCUGAGAUGCUCCCUGCUGUGCUGGAGGCGUAUAGCUCGGCCGUCACGGUUUCCUUCUAUGUGGGCGUUGUGGCGGCGGCGUGUAUGGUCUUUGGGGCGUUGCCGAUUGAGUGGAUUAAUGUGAAGAAUAAGUCUGUGGGGGGGAUGGCACAUUGAGAUCUGUUGUAUCUAUAUUGUAUAAACGAAGUUACGUAUCUAAAAACAAUGCGAAUAGUUAUAGCAACU